GCGUUCAUGCCGGAGGCUGCGGGCUUUCUAGGCGUGCGGGACCACGGAGGGCUCCAGGAAUUUUCUAUAAGUCAGACGGAGAGUUUUUGGGCCGCCGUGGCUCGGCGACGGCUCGAAUGGAUCACCCCGUUUAGCGACGUUCUCGACUAUGACAUGGAGCGGGGCAAGGUGCGCUGGUUCCAGGGAGGGCAGCUCAAUGUCUCCGUAAAUUGCCUGGAUCGUCAUGCGCACAGCAAUCCGGACAAGGUGGCGCUCAUCUGGGAGCGGGAUGAGCCCGGAUCGGAAGUCAAGGUCACCUACAGGGAGCUCCUGGAGAUGACCUGUCGCGCUGGCAACCUGUUAAGGCGACGCAGCGUUAAGAAGGGUGACUGCGUCACCAUCUACAUGCCGCCGUGCCCGCUCGCCGUAGCGUCCAUGCUAGCUUGCGCUCGUGUGGGCGCCGCGCACAACGUAGUGUUUGCGGGGUUCAGCGCUGAAGCUCUCGCCGAGCGAAUUAGAGACGCGCGCUCCAGUACAGUAAUCACCGUCAAUGAAAGCGUACGAGGCGGCAAAGUGACACCCUUGAAGUCCACUGUGGACGCGGCGGUGCGUAACUGUCCGACUGUGCGCCAGGUGUUUGUCGUCAUGCGCACUGACGCGCCGGUUGCCAUGACGCCCAAAGAUGUCGCCAUGGAAGAGGAGAUGAUGUCAGAGGACACCGUGUGCGAGCCGGUCACAAUGGACAGCGAGGACGUUCUUUUCCUGCUCUACACGUCGGGGAGCACUGGAAAGCCCAAAGGUUUAGUGCACACGCAAGCCGGGUACCUUUUGUACACCUCGCUUACACAUAAGUACGUCUUCGACUACAACGACGGCGACGUGUUUGGCUGCGUGGCCGACAUCGGUUGGAUCACCGGACACAGUUACGCCGUGUACGGACCUUUAGCUAAUGGCGGUACUAGCGUCCUGUUUGAGAGCACACCCGUUUAUCCCGACCCGGGACGUUACUGGGAGAUGGUGGAGAGACUGAAAAUUAAUCAGUUCUACGGCGCCCCCACGGCAAUUCGCUUGCUUCUGAAGUACGGAGACGAAUGGGUGCGCAAGUACGACCGUUCCAGUCUCAAGACGCUCGGAUCCGUGGGCGAGCCAAUCAACACAGAGGCGUGGGAGUGGUACCACACUGUUGUGGGUGAAGGGCGCUGUCCUGUGGUGGACACUUGGUGGCAAACAGAGACUGGCGGCAUCUGCAUCGCCCCUCGGCCGUCAGAACCGAACGCCGAGAUCAUCCCCGGGAUGGCUAUGAGACCUUUCUUUGGCAUUAAACCGACGCUCAUGGACGCCGAGGGCAAACCGGUGACGUCCGACGACGCUUCCGGAGCGCUGUGCCUCGCUAAACCUUGGCCGGGAAUGGCCCGCAGCAUCCACAACGACCACCAGAGAUUCAUCGACACCUACUUCAAGACGUACCCCGGUUAUUUCUUCACCGGAGAUGGCGCCCAUUGUUCCAAAGAAGGUUACUAUCAGAUCACGGGGCGCCUUGACGAUGUCAUCAACGUGAGCGGACACAGGAUUGGAACGGCCGAGAUUGAAGAUGUGGUGAACCAAUGCUCUGCGGUGGCCGAGUCGGCAGUGAUCGGCUGCUCACAUCCAAUCAAAGGCCAAGGCGUCUACGCUUUUGUAGUCCUCAAACAAGACGCCCAAAAUGAUGACCUCACCUCACAAAUCAACAACACCGUAUCCAGUAAGAUCGCCAAGUACGCCUGCCCCGACCACAUCCAGUUUGUCCAACGUCUCCCGAAGACGCGUUCGGGCAAGAUUAUGCGUCGGGUUUUACGCAAGGUGGUCGAGCGAGACGUCGGCGACUUGGGUGACCUCAGCACGUUGGACGAUCCCGCAGCCGUGCAGGAGAUCAUCCAAGGUCAUCGCGACCUCUGUGGAAACUGA